AGCUGCAACGUUUUUGUUCUCUCUUUAGGAACACAGAACACUUUAUAUUCAGGAAUACAAGAAAAACGGCAAAGUGGAGUCAAGUACAUGCAGCAGCUUCAUGGGCUUGAAGGAUCAUCUAGGGCAUGAUUUAGGCCAUCUUUAUGUGGGGAGCACUGGCACCCAAAUAAAUGCAAUUGUACCUUGGUCAGUGGUGGAGAAGCCAACGAUGGAUAAAGUUAAUUCUAGGAAGGAAGAUGCAGACAAGGAGGCAUCUGAAGAAACAUCUGGAAGCUCCAGCUGUGACUCUGAAGAAAGCACAAAUUCUGAUAAUGAGUCGGAGAGACUGAAUAGUACUGCAUCAGAAUCACAGUUACUGCCUAAGACUCACCGACAACUGUGCCGAUCUCCUUGCUUAGAGCCUCAUAUAUUAAAAAGAAAUGAGAUUUUGCAAGACUUGAGGAUAGAAGAAGCUCAGAUAGUACCUAAGGAAGUCAGAAAGCCCCCUGAUGUGGUGAAAGAAUAUCAAACCAAACUGGAGUUUGCACUUAAGUUGGGUUACUCUGAAGAACAGGUUCAACUUGUACUAAAUAAACUUGGUACUGAUGCUUUAAUAAACGAUAUUUUGGGAGAACUUGUCAAACUUGGAAAUAAAACUGAGACUGACCAGGCUGUAAGUAAUGCUAGCACUAGUGUAAUGCGUGAAACGUCUUCCAUAGAGUCUCAGAGGUCAGAGUCUCCACUGCAGGAAGAUGUGACAGAGGAUGGUGACAACCUGAGGCCAAUAGUUAUUGAUGGCAGCAAUGUGGCAAUGAGCCAUGGGAACAAAGAAGUAUUUUCUUGUCGAGGAAUAAAAUUGGCAGUAGACUGGUUUUUGGAAAGAGGCCAUAAGGAUGUUACAGUGUUUGUGCCAGCAUGGAGGAAAGAACAGUCGAGACCUGAUGCUCUUAUCGCAGACCAAGAAAUCUUGCGUAAAUUAGAAAAAGAGAAGAUCCUUGUGUUCACACCAUCCCGUCGAGUGCAAGGAAGAAGGGUGGUAUGCUACGAUGACCGAUUUAUAGUGAAAUUGGCCUUUGAGUCAGACGGCAUCAUUGUUUCUAAUGAUAACUACAGGGAUCUAGCUAAUGAAAAGCCAGAAUGGAAGAAGUUCAUAGAUGAACGCUUGCUGAUGUAUUCAUUUGUUAAUGACAAAUUUAUGCCUCCUGAUGAUCCUCUUGGCCGCCAUGGCCCAAGUCUGGACAAUUUCCUUAGAAAGAAGCCUAUUGUACCAGAACAUAAGAAGCAACCAUGUCCAUAUGGGAAGAAAUGUACCUAUGGACACAAAUGCAAAUACUAUCAUCCAGAAAGAGGAAAUCAGCCUCAGCGAUCUGUAGCUGAUGAACUUCGUGCCAUGUCUAGAAGCACAGCUGCCAAGGCUACAAGUGAAGGAGGACUGGUAAAAAGCAAUAGUGUUCCCUGUAGCACUAAGAAUGAAGGCACUUCUGAGCUGAAGCGUGUUGCUCCAAAGAGGCAAUCGGAUCCCAGUAUAAGGACUCAAGUCUAUCAAGACUUGGAAGAAAAGCUUCCCACCAAAAACAAAUUGGAAACCAGGUCUGUACCUUCUUUAGUUAGUAUACCAAGUUCCUGUGCUGCAAAACCCCAAAGUACUGCACCUUUAGUCAACGGCCUUCCAUCUGGAGUUCACUUCCCACCUCAGGAUCAAAGACCACAGGGACAGUAUUCUACAGUGAUGAUGGCAACCAAAAAUCAUGGAACACCAAUGCCUUAUGACCAGUAUCCAAAAUGUGAGUCUCCUGUGGACGUAGGGUAUUACUCUAUGCUAAAUGCAUAUUCAAAUCUAAGUAUAUCUGGUCCACGUAGUCCUGAAAGGCGCUUCUCCUUGGACACAGAUUACAGGAUUAGCUCUGUAGCUUCUGACUGCAGCAGUGAAGGGAGCGUGAGCUGUGGUAGUAGUGAUUCCUAUGUGGGUUACAGCGAUCGCUCUUAUAUGAGUUCACCUGACCCACAGCUGGAAGAAAACUUGAAGUGCCAACAUAUGCACCCCCAUGGCCGCCUUAACUCUCAGCCCUUCUUACAAAGCUACCAUGAGCCUCUAGCACGAGUGCAAAGUUAUAGUCAUGAAGAACCAAAGCAUCACCACAAACCUCCAGUUCCAUACGUGGCUGUGCAUCUACAGCAUCCAACAGUCAGUGCUCGUUCUAGUUGCCCGAACGACUACUCUACAUCUCAGAGUCCAGCACAUUCAAAGACCAUGCAUCUGGGGAGAGCCCUUGUGUCCACAAGAAUAGACAGCAUUUCAGAUUCGCGUUUAUAUGAUAAUUCUCCAUUAAGACAUAGAAAGCCUUAUUCUGGCCAAGAUGGGCUUGGAAGUUGGGAUAGGCCAAAUUAUGGAAUCGAUGCGUACGGCUAUCGUCAGACCUACUCUUUACCUAGUAACCCCACGCAGCCGUGUUAUGAGCAAUUUGCCUUCCAAAGCCUACCUGAACAGCAGGACCAGACUUGGCGUGUACCUUACUGUGGAAUCCCUCAAGACCCUCCAAGGCAUCAAGACACCAGGGAGAAGGUUUACAUAAACCUGUGCAACAUCUUCCCCCCUGAUCUUGUGAGAAUUGUUAUGAAGAAGAACCCUCACGUGACAGAUGCUCAGCAGCUCGCUGCAGCCAUUUUAGUGGAAAAAUCUCAGCUAGGUUAUUGAAAGAUGAUGCAUCUUUGUGGUGUCUAGUAGUUUUCAGUUCAGCUCUAAUGCUGAGGGAGGUUUGCUACAAUAGCAUUUGGGAUCUCCUUCUCAGCAAGGAGGUUAUAUAGUAAUCCAUUUAUGUGAAAUACUGUAUCAUGGAGUCUGUAUGUAUAACCCCAUGCAUUGGAAGUAACUGAUAAAUUUUGUGUACUAGCUUGAAAAUUUUUUAAAGGCUAUAUUCAUGUUGGAGAAGGUUCCAGUUUAAAUUUAUGUGUGUGUGUGUGUAUAUAUAUGUAUGUGUGUGUGUGUGUGUGUGUAUAUAUAUACACACAUAUAUAUAUGUAUAUAUAUGUGUGUAUAUAUAUAUAGUCUGUGGUCUCUAGUUAUAAUCUUUGGUGCAUCAGGGGUUUAUAUGCAGCACUUUCUCUAUCCUUGUUACAUGUUUUUGGGAUUUUUGUUUUUGUUUUUUAACUUGCUGGAUGUUUGUCCUUGGGCUGCACGGCAUUAAAACGACCUGCAGAAAGAGGAUUUUGCUACUUCUGGCAGACAAUUUUCAAGCCAAGUUUCUGAACUUUUUACAACAGUAUAAAUAUGUUUUUGUUUGUUUGUUUUGUGGACUUUUUUGUGCUAUAAUCAUCUAUUUAUAGAAAACAAAGAUUUACUACAGCACUGACUUUAUUUUUUAAACAAAUUAAGUUACCAGUUAAUGGUGAAAUGGGUAACAAGAUAUUAGUAAUUUAUAGUAUGGCACUUUUCAUUGCUUGUUUUGUUUUGUUUGAAAAGGUAUGUGUUUUGUUAUGCAGUUGAUUAGUAAGAUCAGAUGCAAUCAGAGGAAAAAAAAUUUUUUUUACUAAUUUAUGGAUAAGGUGAAAGCCUUAUUGCCUGAUUUUCAAAGGUGCUGAGAAUUUGCAGCUCCCGUUAAACCUAAUAGAAACUGCAAAUGCUCAGGACGUUCUAAAAGCAGGCCACCCGGUUUCGACUCCCAUAUGUUGUUGUCCAGCUGUGUGUAUUUCUGGUCAGUAGAAAUGGGCCUGAAAUCUUAGGGUUCCUUUCAGUUGUUUUAUGUCUUUUUCUUUGUAUUGCUGCACAAGUAUACUGGAUAAAAUAUGCUUUUCAUAAAAUAUUUACCUGUUUUUAAAUAAUUUAAUUAUCUCAAUGCAAGUUUUGUAUUUAAGAUACUGUUCGAUUUUCUUGCUAUUUAUCAAGGCUGGCCUGAAAAGGUUGUGUGUGUUGAGGAUAUGCAACAUUUAUUAACUGCACUAUGGUAAUGGUAUUGUAGCUGAAAAUAAUAACUUAAACCUUUUUUCUUUCUGUUUUGGUUGGGGACGGGGGUGGGGGGAAGGGAUUGGGAGGAGAUAAAAUAUUGUAUUUGUUCCUGAAGUUAGUUUUUGGCCUGUUGUAUCUACACAAGGCCUGAUUCUUGCCACAAAUAGUGUAGUUUUAGAAACAGACAAAGCAGUCUGUUUUAGUACUAGUAAGGGAUAUUUCUGGUUUUAAGUCAUGGGUUUUACUAGCACCUCAUAAGCUUUUUUUAUAUAAUAGAAAUAGAUUUUGCAAUUGAUGACAAAUGUAUUUAUGUGACAUAGUCGGUUGCCUACAGUUUUAGGUUUCCAUGCAUUGUAAUGUUACUCAGUGUUAAAAAUCACUAGUUUACAAUGUUACUGCUGAUAAUUUUGGUACACUUACUGAAAUUUAAAGUAAGGCCCUGAAGAACCAGAAAGUACCUUUUACUGUUGAUACAAAUUGUAUCUUUUAAACUGAGAACUAUUUUGAUUUGUAGAUCUAGUGGAAACACAAAUGUAUAACUAUAAUUAGUCUUUUGGGCAACAUUUUAUCCCUUAUUUAAAAAUUAUAGAUAUCAGACAUAGAAUAAGAGCUAGGCAAUUAAAAAUAGUUAUUUAUUUAGGUGUCUGUCUCAAUUUUACAUGCUAAAAAGAAAAAGAAACUAUUGGCAUCUUCUUCCUUCUAAAAUCUUUAUAGUAUAAACUCACUAAAAUAAAGGUAAAAUGCUGCCUGAAAAUGAUGUCCAAGCACCUUUGAAUAGGAAGACAUUUUCACUACUUGUGCGACACCAUGUGUUGCAACGAGUAGGAUUUGGGUAUACAGCAAAUGCUUCUAAAAAGCAUUGUGCUUAUAGACAUAUCCAAUAAUCUGAACCAUGUUCAGCAAACUCUUUCAGGAAGUAGUGUUCUGUACAGCUUUUACUGUUGAGUUGAUGUGGGAUCUGCAUUCAUCUGUCCCUGUGGCAAUACAGGAGGUGCUGUACCUAAUCUGCCCUGCGUUGUCUGGUUAGGGAGAGGACCUGUUCACUUGUGACAAUAGUUUUCCCUUGAUUUGGUUGGUCACUAUCUGUAGAACAUGUUUUAAUGUAGAGACCGAUACAGCACUAGCGCUGAGGUUUUGAAUGGUAAAUGGAUCUCAUCUUAGUUGUAUGCUAAGACUUUUUUUGAUUGAAUUACACUUAAGUACUACACCAUAGUGUAGAUGCAGCUGUUUUAAUAAUGCAAUUGUAUUUGUGUUUUUAAAAGAUGAGUUUCUACAUUUAUUUUUUAUGUAGGAAUUUACUUCUGCCAAAAGUUGAAUUCCUUUAAAAUGAACAGAAAUAUUUGUAUGUGGUAGAGGCAUUUUAUCUUUUUCCCUAUCACAUUAGCAUCAGAAUGCUUCCUACUAUAUACAUGUAGCAGUCUGGCUUAGAGUACUCAAUCAGCUGGCCUAGCCAUGUUGUUAAAGCUGUGAGAGGAGUAUAUCAGUAUUGAUUGCCUCCCUGUGUGUUUAAUGCAGUAUUGAAUCCCUGCAAGUGUGUUCGUUGCUAGAGAAUUCUUGAAACAUUUUAAGUUCUGUGCUUUGUAAUAGAGCACUAAAAACGCUUUAAAAGUAUAAGAACAGGAAUUAUUUGGUGGCUUUAAAUGUUGUGCAAUGAUGUACUGGUUCCCCUUAAAAUAUGUUACGCUGGGUAAAGAAAAUUUACUGCGGACAAAGUAUGGGCCUUAAUGUUGCCUUUGCUGUUAUGAAAGACAGACAGAAUGAGCAGUUGUUUGUGAACCCUUCCAGGAUGAAGAGAUCAGUCUAUAUAUUUAACAGCCUAUAAAGGGGACACCAGUAACAAACAUGAAAGUGAUAAUACUGGUCAAAUGUUAAUUUGUUUUAUGUAAUUGCAGUAAUGCAAAUAACAGAACUGUAACAUCACCUUUUUCCUAAACAGUAAAAAAUAGUUCAUCGAUCUUGUCUUUGCUCUAAUGGAGCACUAGAAUUUCAGUUAAGAGUAAAGUACCUUAAAGUUAGACCUGCCCUAUGACUAAAAAGAGGGCAGCAGUUUCCCUUGUCUUCAGUAUUUGAGAGUUGUUUUGAUACUUACCAGAAACUCUGUAUUUUUAAAUACAAUCCCAAGCUAUUAUUAGCUACAUGAGUAGUGGUAUGGAGAUGUACAGUAUUUUGAAUGCACAUUUAUAUUAGGCAUCUGCUCACACAGUUUUGUAUAACAGUGUGUUGUCAAUAUUUUGAGUUUUUAAAUAUGUCCCAGUAAUAGUUACUCUAAUGAGCUAAAUGUACCCAGACAACCUUUUUCCCUUGAUGACUCCAUUAUUUUGAACAGAAUUACCCAGAACUAAACAUGGCUCUUAUUUUAGAGCAAAGCUGCAACAGUGUUAUU